CCGUACUGUGGCUGGUCACGUGAUUUUGUUUACCAGCGACAACUGAGUUAGCGAACCACGAAGCAAAAGUUGUGUUUUCAUUGAAAUCGAGCAGCAGCUGACGAGCGGGUUUCUAAUUGGGCUCCAGAAGCACAUUAUGAGGUCGCUGAACUACGUGCAGCGAGUGAGUUUGGACUUCACCGGCACGCUCUUCCCUCACGCCAUCUGCCUGGGAGAUGCCGACAACGACACGCUGAACGAGCUCGUGGUGGGCGACACGAGCGGCAAGCUGCACGUGUACAAGAACGACGACAGCAAGGCUUGGAUCACCAGGAGCUGCGUGGGCACGCUGACGUGCGUCGCCGUGGGAGACGUGCGCAACAAGGGCAAGAACUUUGUGGUGGCCGUGGGAGCGGAGGGCUGGUUCCACCUCUUCGACCUGAGCGCCGCCAAGGCCGACCCGUCGGGUCAGCACGAAGGUUUCGCCGCCGACGAGCAGAAGCCUUUCUUCACGCAGCACAUCCCCGCCAACACCAAAGUCAUCCUCAUCAGCGAUAUCGACGGCGACGGCCGCAGCGAGCUGGUGGUGGGCUACACCGACCGGGUGGUGCGAGCGUUCCGAUGGGAAGAACCUUCGGACGCUUCCGACGCCGGAUCGGGUCAGCUGCUUCUGCUCAAGAAAUGGCUGCUGGAAGGACAGGUGGACAGUCUGUCGGUGAACCCGGGUCCCGAGGGCCUGCCGGAGCUCAUGGUGUCGCAGCCCGGCUGCGGCUACGCCGUCCUGCUCUGCUCGUGGACGCAGCGGGACUCGCCGCCCCCCCGCGACGCCGGCGACGGGGAGGAGGACGCGCGGGCCGCGUCCGCCGGCGACGGGCCCUCUCGAGAUGUCGUUCUCCAUCUGACCACCGGGCGGAUCCACAACAAGAACGUUUCCACGCAUCUCAUCGGGAGCAUCGGCAAAGGCUCGAAAGAGGAGUCUUCUAAAUGCGGACUGUUUGCUCUCUGCACUUUGGACGGGACCCUGAAGUUGAUGGACAGCUCGGAGCAGCUGCUGUGGUCGGUGCAGGUGGACCAUCAGCUCUUCGCCCUGCAGAAGCUCGACGUCACGGUGGCAAUUUUCGCCAUUUUGUGUCUUGAUGUUUUGUACUCAGAAAGGAAGAACUCCAAGGUUCCGUUUGUACGAUUUCAGAGGGACGGGCGCGAGGAGGUGGUGGCGUGCGCCUGGGACGGCCAGACGUACAUCAUCGACCACAACCGGGCCGUGGUGCGCUUCCAGUUUGACGAGAACGUGAACGCCUUCUGCGCGGGUCAGUACACGUGCAAGGAGGGCAAGAACAGCCCGUGUCUGGUCUACGUCAGCUUCAACCACAAGAUCUACGUGUACUGGAAGGUGCAGCUGGAGCGCAUGGAGUCCACCAACCUGCUGCGCGUGCUGGACGAGCGGCCCGACUUCAGGCGGCGGCUGACGGCGCUCGGAGUCGCGGACAUCGGCAUAAGUCGGAACUCCGGGAGGACCCUAAGAGGUCUUCGUUUGUGUCGCCCCUCCUCUCCGCAGGUGGCGAGGACCCGGCGGCCGUCAGAUCUCUGCUGUCAGACGUCCUCUACAAGGAUGCGCACUGAUCUUCUUCUCCUUCUUCUUCGUCUUCUUCUAGUUUUGUGCAUAUGAAUAAACACUUGGCAGUACGCCUCCUCCUC